GUUGUUACGUCCCUUGCUGCUCAACAGUUUCCUGCCAACGUCCCGUUACGACACACCGUUACGUUAUUCCAAUCAGAGUCACGGGAUAGCGAAGGGAGCAAAUAGCGAACGGAAUCGGUCUUUAAAAAGGUUUUAAUGCAACCACCUGCCGUUGUUAAUCAAGGGAUAAUCAAAGGAUAAUAAGCAACCCUCCUCUUCCUUCAGCGUUAUCGGCCGAACGCUCGUUGUUUGUUUUAGUGCGACUCCAUUUUUUUCGCGUGUUUUCUUCGGUUAUAUAAGUGAGAAUUUGACGGUUAACAAUUCAAAGGAUACUACAUAUUCCUCCCCGAAAAAGUGCAAACAAAGUAAAGCUGCCCUUCAAAUUAUCUUUUAAAGCAUGCUAGAGUAGAGUGGAAAUCUAGCGGCACAGCGAUGGCGUCUUCUACUAAUGCACCGUUAUCACCUGCAAUUAAGCACUAACAAAAGCACCAAGCCACAGUAAAAACACAAUACCAGACCUAAAAAUAGACCAACUAAAACACAACUGAAAGGGCUUAAAAUGCGAUUGAUUUAGCCACCCAUAAAAGUAUGCUACGAAAAAUGUCCAUUGAGUAGCUAGUUGCCAGAACGCAACACCAGGUGGCGCCAAAAAGAGUGAAAACUGAGGAACAUUUGAAGAAACGGAAACGGAAGUGAUUUAGCACACUUAGGCCCACACACACAGACACACACGCACACACACGCACAUACCCACACAGCACCCACACGCACACACACAAAUCUAAUACUCUGUAAUAAGUCGAAAUAAUAAUAAAACGCAAUCAUGGCCAACACAGCUCAGUUAUUGCGUCGUCAAAGCUCCCGGGAUAUAGUCCUCAAAAGCCAGAAGAGCAUCGAUCAGCUGGAAUUGAGGGAACUGCGAGGUCGCCUGGUAUCGAAGGAGCAUGGCGUCGGCCACCACCACCACACAUCCUUGCACCACCACCAGCCACUGUAUGGGGCCACCAACCAGGGCUUCAUGUCGGACGCCUUCGACGAGUCCUCGGAGCUGGAGCAGGACCCGCCGCCCUUCGGCUCGGAGGCGAGCACCUCGAAGGCCAAGGCCGAGCUGGUGGCCAACGCCUCCGUCGCCGCCGCCGAUCAGCAGGACAUCGUCGAGGGCGAGAAGGAGGGCGAGGAGCGCGAGUCCUGGGACAGCAAGAUCAUGUUCCUGCUGGCCACCAUCGGCUAUGCCGUUGGCCUGGGGAACGUGUGGCGCUUCCCGUAUUUGGCCCAGAAGAACGGGGGCGGGGCCUUCCUGGUGCCGUACUUCAUCAUGCUGUGCAUCCAGGGCAUACCGAUAUUCUACCUGGAACUGGCCAUUGGCCAGCGACUGCGAAAGGGGGCGAUCGGGGUGUGGAGCCAGGUGUCGCCGUAUCUGGGCGGCAUCGGGAUCUCGUCGGCGGUGGUCAGCUACAUAGUGGCCCUGUACUACAACACGAUCAUCGCCUGGUGCCUGAUCUACCUGCUGCACAGCUUCGAGUCGCCGCUGCCGUGGGCCGACUGUCCGACGCGGCUGUACAAGAACUUCACCUACGACCACGAGCCGGAGUGCGUGGCCUCGUCGCCCACGCAGUUCUACUGGUACCGCACCACGCUGCAGUGCUCGGAGUCGGUGGACCUGCCGGAGAACUUCAACUACCACAUGGCCAUUGCGCUGAUCGUCUCCUGGUUCCUGGUCUACAUCUGCAUGGUGCAGGGCAUCACGUCGUCCGGCAAGAUCGUCUACAUGACCGCCAUCUUCCCCUACGUGGUGCUCAUCAUAUUCUUCUUCCGGGGCAUCACGCUGAAGGGAGCCGCCGACGGGGUGGCCCACUUGUUCACGCCGCGGUGGGAGACGCUCUUGGAUCCGGUGGUCUGGCUGGAGGCCGGCACCCAGAUCUUCUUCUCGCUGGGCCUGGCCUUCGGCGGACUGAUCGCCUUCAGUUCGUACAAUCCGGCCAACAACAACUGCUACAGGGACGCCUUGCUCGUGUCGCUCACCAACUGCGGCACCUCCAUGUUCGCGGGCGUGGUGGUGUUCUCGGUCAUCGGGUUCAAGGCCACGGCCACCUUUGACCGCUGCACCGAGGAGCGGAACGGGCUGAUGGCCCAGAACAGGACGCACAACCUGCCCGUAUGCGAUCUGCAAACCGAGCUGGCCAAUAGUGCUUCUGGCACUGGAUUGGCCUUCAUCAUCUUCACGGAGGCGAUCAAUCAAUUUCCGGGCGCCCAACUCUGGGCGGUACUGUUCUUCCUGAUGCUUUUCACCCUGGGAAUCGACUCGCAGUUCGGAACUCUCGAGGGCGUGGUCACCUCGCUGGUGGACAUGAAACUGUUCCCAAAUCUGCCAAAGGAGUACAUUGUGGGGGGCCUCUGCUUUUCCUGCUGCCUGAUUUCCAUGUGCUUUGCCAACGGAGCUGGCAGCUACAUUUUCCAGCUCAUGGACAGUUUCGCCGGCAAUUUCCCUCUGCUGAUCAUAGCGCUCUUCGAGUGUCUGUCCAUCAGUUAUAUUUAUGGAGUGCGGCGAUUCUCGGACGACAUAGAGAUGAUGACCGGGUCGCGCCCAAACUUUUACUGGAUGUUCUGCUGGAAGUACUUGUCGCCCUGUGCGAUGGUCACCAUCCUGCUGGCCUCCUUCUACCAACUGCUGACCGAGGGCAGCAGCUACCCCGCGUGGAUCGGGGCCAAGGGUGCCUCCGAGAACCAGGAGUGGCCCCACUGGUGCAUCGUCGUCGCCUUCUUCCUGAUCCUCUCGUCCAUCCUGUGGAUCCCCAUUGUGGCGGUGCUGCGUCUGUGUGGCAUCAAGGUGGUGGAGGACUCGGAUCCAGCCUGGUUCCCCGAGGCGGAGCUCAGGGAGGUUCAUGGCAUUGUGCCCCACGAGCCGACCGAACUGGAACGCAGCAUUUUCUGCUUUAACAUGGACGGAACGGAGGGCAUGUGCUGCCCCAAGUACGGACUUCCCGAGAAGUCCCUCGAGGAGGAGGAGUAGGCCCCAAGGGAUCCCCAAUCACAGUGAACAACAACGACAAUAUGCCCGAUCAGAACCGAAGGAAAUAUAACGAAUCUCGAUGUAAAUAUGGACAAUAACUAAGCACUCACCGAUGUUAGCGGCGUCGAUAAAAAAAAAAAACACUCCUAUAUGGUCCCAAAGACUGUUAAAAAAACAUAACAAAUAAAGCAAAGCAGCCACAACAAGGAAAAUAGGGAAAUAGCAAUAGUAGGUAAAAACUCGACGCUGGAUGCGCGGUUUCAUUCAAGCAGAAAGCUAUAGAAAAUCAGAAAACAUUAAAACAAAGGCCGUAAUCAAUGGAAAUAUUUCCGCAUAACUUCAUUACCAUGUGGCCAUAUAUAUACGCGAUUAUUGUUUACCAUUUUACCAUUUUACCAUUAAACCAUUUUACCUUUACUUUUGGGUUUCUUUUUCGAAAGGGCCGCCCUUAUAGGGUCUACAUAUCCGAUUUCGCUAGCAAAGAGAAACCGCACUCUUUGCCACAUCAAAAUGCAAAAUGCACGACUUGCUGACUAUAUACGAUAUAUCUAUAUACGAUAACUACGCUGUAUUCUAGACUUAAUUGUUUGAUUUGACCAUAUCAUGCGAGCAUAGAGCACCACCUAUAAGAGAUAUAUACCUAUAUAAUUAUGAUAUAGUGACUUUGACCUUUGACUUUAUACCCAACACAGUUCAUUCUCUGUUGUGAUCAGCUCGGCUUUCUGUGUUUACUGUUGUUUAUCGAGGAUAAUGUUGCUCGUGCAGACGAAAUCAUAUCACAUCCGAAACUAUGCUUAAAACUUUAACAAACCACUUUAACGUCUCAGUGUUAUAGAGAAAUGGAAACAUGGGAGAUAUGUUAUGUUUUGCUCCAAUCGAUAGCUAUACGAUAAAAUUACUUGUUGAUAUCCGAUAUCAUCGCCAUAGCUCUCCACUCCAUUGUACUUAUGAUCUACACACUCGAGAUUAUAGGUAUAUAUAUAUAUUUACAUUAAAAGUAACAUUAACAAAACGCAAACGCAACCGUUCAACUAGGUGGAAAAGGAACUCUAUAUACAUAUACUAUACAUAACUGGAGAAGGCAGCUUUGGGUUUUAUGACUCACGAUAUCAUCGCAUUGAGAAACUAUUAUUAUACAAAAUAACGAAUAUAAAUUAACAUAUAUUUAUGGGUGUUGAAAUGCUGCUAACGGGUGUGUGAAUUCGUUUUAAAAGAUCAUGUAGAUGUCUUCAGUUUUAUUUUCCAAAGAACACGGCCAUUUUUAAAAUCAAGCAAAACAGGAAACCCUUUUAAAUCAAUUCACUCGCCCAGAAAGCAAUUGAUUUCACUGUAUUAUAAAUUCUACAUUUAUUUAUGGUAUAUUUACAUCGAUAUAUUAUAUACAUCUAUUUAGAGCCAAAAAAAAACGUAUAUUAUACAUGUAUUAAGUGUUAUUGAUGUUGACAAUAAAGAACCCCUACGAAACGAGUUUUAAACCAAAACGAAACAGAUGCGAUAUAUAUAGAACACAACACAACCCACAGUUUGAAAAAAUCCAAAAGUGAAGUAUUAAACAAAAGCAUACAUAAAUAUAUUUACGUCGAAGCAAUAAUUAUAUAAUUACUCGAAGAGAUUCGAUUAUUAUUACUAUAUUGUUAUCAUUAUUUUACUCGCUUUCAAGGGUCUCGUAAUUGAUGUUAAAUUCACUCAUUCGUACUGAACACAUGAAAUGAUGAUAAAGAUAAUACCACGUAUCAUAAUUUACCAAUGUUUAAUUCGCAACUGAUAAAAAAUAACGAAAAUUCCAACUAAAUGACAAUAAACAAUGUAAAACUUA